AUGGAAAUUAAUCGUCAGUUACAAGUCAAAGGCAAUCAUUUAGCAUCACAAAUCAUAGAGAAAAUCGAAAAUAAACAACAAACAAAGAGUGAACUUCAAGAAAGACAACGUUUAAUUACAUCAAGUGAAUUUUAUGAAUAUCUAUUCCAAUCGAAGCCAGCCUUAAUAAAACUUGAGGAAACAGAAUUCAAUCAAUUGGCAUCGCACGUUAAUGAAUUUCUUGAUAAAGUAAACAAAGAAUUGACACAAUCCUACAACGAUUUUGAUGAGGCUCUUUCAUGGCUCAAAUCGGAUAAUAAUCUAUAUCAAAUAUUUCACCGUUCUUGUCUUGCUUACAAAUUAAUAGGCAUUCAACUAUUCAAUUCCGUACGAAACUGGUUACAUGAUAUGGCCAAUCAACGAAGUUCAUAUGUGAAAGAAACCGAAAAGACUGUUGAUCAAAUAAAUGCACUUGUUUCUAACAUAUUAGAUAUUGUUCUUCCGAUUGUCGAUGUAGCUCAAAUAUCAUCAGUUACUAUGACUGUGGAUACGCUGCAUCAUAAUACAAAAGAACUCAGUCGAGUUGCUUUUCAAAUCGACAAGUUCGCGGAUGAUGCACGAGUUAUUUACUCGUCCAAAGUCCUAUCAAUUCUACUAUACCAUUGUUCUAGUCUAUAUGCACGCAUCACAAUAUUUCUCGUUCAACUAUUUAAAACACAACAAACAAAUCAAUUAACAUUGGCACAAUUGAAAACAAUGAAACUCGAUAUUGGCAAUGAUUCAUGUGAAUGGGAUGAUUGUAUGAAGAGACUAUUGAUUUUGAGCGGAUUUCGUGAAUGUAUACAUCUACCUGGUACAAGUUUACCCGUUGAUGAAUAUUCAUUAAAAGAAGUUCACAAAAAUCUAAUUUAUGAUUUCUCUCUACUACGACAUAGCUUACAACUUCGAUAUACACACAUCUUCGGCGAUAUUUGUUACAAUCCAGUAGCAAUUAUUAACGAUUUAGAACGAAAAAUGAAAGGACUGAUAGAAAUCGACGAUUGGAAGAAUAGUGGACGUAUCGUAAAAUCAACAUUAAAGACAAAUCCAUUAGUUCAAGUCAGUUAUAAUUUGAAUGUUCUUGUCAAUAAUACACAAUAUUUAAUGACAAAAAUUCUUGAGAAUAUGACAGAUAAAUUGGAACUUGAAACAUUAAACAAUAUUGAACCAUUUCUAACAAAUUUAAAAGUGUCGAUUCAUUUGUCAUGUUCAUCAUCUCUCGAUACAAUGCACACCGAAUUCUUAGAAUAUAUUUAUAAAGAUCAAUUAGAUUUGCUAUUAGACCACGGACUCAUGGUUAUAGAAUGUUUAUAUAAUGAACGAAAGAAAUUAGUCGAACCAUUGAGUCACAUACAAUCCGUAUUGGAAAAUUUUGUCGAUCAUUUUGCCUUAUUUUUUAUUCAACUAUUUCAACAAUACCAACAAAAACAGAUCGAUUCUCUACAAAAUCAGUACAACAGUACAAUGAAAGCUCGUUUAAAUUUCGAUGAUAUUCAUUUGCUUGAAGCUUUAUCAAAAACAAAUUUAAUUCGUCAUUUUCAUCAUAUUGAAAAUAACGAUAAAAGUCUCGAUUGGUACAACCAUUUGGCGCAAUUUCUUGUACAAGGUUGGACACAAGCAUCAUGUAUACUUCGUUCAUUUGCUGCACCAACAACAACCAAUCCUAAUUCAAAUUCGAAACGAUUACGUUACUCAUUUGUUUUCAAAUUAUUAAAUGAUGAAGGACAAUAA